CUCCAUUUUUUGUAUUUUACUAAGGAAAAAAUAUAAACUUGUUAACAAUAGUUAAUAUUUAGUUAUUUGUUCAAACUAAACAUGAGUAAUUACCAGGAAAACAUUAAAUACUUAAUCCAAAGACCGAAAACACCAGUGAUCAAACCUUCGAUGCAUCGUUCAAUGUUUAAUAAUUCUAUUCGAAGGGAAUUCAAAUUAAAUAAGGGUUGUCACCAAACGAUGGGUUAUGCUGAGGUCAAAGUCAAUGAACCGUCUGAGUUUUUAAAAAAAAAUUCCAGAAAAGUUAUUAGACCAUUUGUCGAAAAUGUUAAAACAAGUGCCAGAAAUCCAGUUCAGUGUCCAUGUUACCCUAAUAAACUGUUACCAAAAAAAGAAAUUUCGAGAAAUUUUUUGCUUGAAAACUUUGUUGAUGUGGUAAGAAAGGUACCACCAUUGCCGAAACAUCGGGUACAAGACACUCGGAACGGACACACUAUGGUUCUGGAUGAAGUCGGCUUAGAGCCUUUGUACGUGUUAAAGAAGGAUUUCGGAAAAUUACCUUUGUAUAUCAAAAAAAAAUUCAAAAAAAACGAAACCGACAAGCGAAUAGAGAUAGAACGGAUACAAGCAAUCAAACCGCCAUUGCGUCAUUUAUCCGAAGAAGAGCAUCAUACGUUAUUAACAGGACUAAAAACCAAUUGGGCUGAAUUGUACAAACAAUUUUUGUUGUUGCCGAUACUUACCGAUUCAAUGACAAAAAUCAAUCGGAAAACCAAUUUGGAAAAUCAAUUAAGAAACUUGGAAAAAGAUAUCGACCUAUUGGAAAGGCACGUGACUUUAUAUGUGUGUGAUGAAGACGUUUAAGCUUAGUCGUUUCCUUAAGAGAACUUACCUUUCAUACAUUAGAAAGGUACCUAACUUAUUAGAAUUGUCAUGUUCAUAAAUCAUAUUAUCGUUAGUAGUAAGUAUUCACCACAAUACACUACACUUUCUAUUGUACUUAUCUCGAAAAAUAGUUUUGUAACUUGAAUAAAAAUGUACAACUCAA